GCUGCUGGGAGGGAGCCUUGCUUUGAAGUUGGUAGGGGCUCCAACGUUCAUAUAGAUGCAUGCUCAGAAGAUACCCUGUAAAUAGCUCUUCCUGCCCUGAGUGGCAAAGGGACCUCCUCUUCCAAGAUGGGAGCCCAAAAUUCUCAGCCGGUCACCGCCAUCCCAGAACAAGAAGAAAUCAUGGCAGAAACUGGCUUCUCCCAGGCUAAUGUUUUACGCCUUUACCAGCGCUUCCAGGCCCUGGACAAGAAUGAAAAGGGCUACCUCAGCAAAUAUGAUCUUGAAGGAAUUGGUGCACUAGCAGUGAAUCCCAUUGGGGAUCGGAUCAUCAAUGCCUUCUUCCAAGAUGGGAGAGAGACCACUGACUUCCGCACUUUUGCCCGUGUGUUGGCCCACUUCCGUCCAGUGGAAGGACCAGGAGGAUCCGAAAAUGUCAACAGCCGGCUUAGCAAGCUGAAGUUUGCUUUUCAGCUAUACGAUCAAGACAAGGAUGGGAAGAUCUCAAGAGCUGAAAUGCUGCAGGUGCUGAGAAUGAUGAUUGGGAUCCAGGUGACGAACGAACAACUUGAAUGCAUUACAGACCGAACCAUCCAGGAGGCUGAUAAGGAUGGAGACAAUGCCAUCUCCUUUGAGGAAUUCGCAAAGUCUGUAGAAAAGCUGAAUAUUGAACAAAAAAUGAGCCUCCGAAUCCUGAAAUGAUCUGAAGGGCACCAGAGAAUCCCUCCCCGAAGUUAGAAACAAAUCAACCCGGUCUCUGGUCGGGAAAUGACAGCAACAGAUGGAGUGUGGGAUCCAGUGGAGUAUCACUGCUCUUCUUCAUGGUCCCACAGUGACCCAUAGCUAGAGAAGUCCUCCAUUUAAACUGGCUUCCUUUGUGAUGAUUAAGAUUGGACCAGGGUUACUGGACCAAUGUGUACCUGUACUACACAUAAGCAGAUUUCCAUCCAUGGUUUAUUAGCUCCAUCACAGCAGUUCAACCAGAAAUUGAUCUAACUUUUUCUUUUUCGUAAUAUUCAGAGGGCCUGCCAAAGUUGUGCAUUUCCAUUCAACAUACUGGAACAAAUACCCAAUUAGAUAUUUUGAAAGACAAGAUCAGAGAGUAACGUGGCAUUCUUCCCUCCUCUUUUCCCCAUUGACACAAAGACAGAAUACUGUAUGUUGAUUCUCAC